AUGACGCCGCAGGCACCAGCACCCUGUCUCCCCUCACCGGAGGCGGAACCCUCAACGGCACGCACCCUUGUCGUCCAGGACGACGUCCUCUAUAUCCGCGGAGAGUUCAACAUGGUCGACUCUUCGUCUUCUACCGUGGCAGAUCUCGUCGCUUCAGGCUUUGGGCGCUGGUCCACCUCGAUUGAUGACACCGUUGUGAUAUCCCCUGGACACUCUUCUCUCGCCGCGAAGACGCUCUCAACAAGUACGAUGUCGGUGUCGCAGGGGAAGAACGCGAUCAAUCAGCACAUCGCACUGUCCAUCGCUCCUCGCACACAUCAACGCAGCCACACGCACCACCAUCCUCGGCACCCAAAGCCCCUUCGACCAGUUCAACCACGAGAAGGAGGUGCCUCAGCGGCUAACCACCGUGUCAACACCCGUGAGCAGGAGCUGGACGACCAGGACAGGGGGUCAUACAGCGCUACAAACGCCCCGCCCUGUGGCAAGUCUGGUACAAGCGCAACUUACCGAGAACGGAUCCGCGUGUAUGGCAUUUUUUUCGGACGACUAUGCGCCCGUGAAGAAGAAGCCUCCAAACCUGGCGCAAAACCGAAAGCCGUGAAACCAGUGUUUACGAAGAGGGUGACCCCGAAGAAGAAAGCACCGCUCUUCCACAAGGCGACGAGGGCUGCUCCUGCGGCGAUUGAUGGAAAGAAGAAGAACACAACGGGGCUGUAUCAGAAGUACGAGUUGCCGUUGCUGUCGUCGUUGUUGCCAACUCAUCCGGUCUGCCACAGCUACCCCGGCCCCAAACGUAUCCUCAAACACCUCGAUUUGGACAUCGGUUCCGCCGAGACAACUACCCAGAAUAUAUGGACUCAUGAUUGGGCUACAAAGUGCAUGGUCGUUCGCGAUGUGAAGUACGUGCCCGGUUUCAUCAAGAUUGUGGACGAAAUUUUAUUUAAUGCUGCUAACAACAAAAUCAACGACCCCAACGGAAAUGUCAUCAAAAUCGAAUUUGACGUCCCCAACUCCUCCAUCUCCCUCUACAACAACGGGCGUGGCAUACCCAUCGAGAACCACCCCAAGGGAAAGAUCUACAUCCCCGGGAUGAUCUGCCGCCACCCCCUCCCCUCGUCCAACUACCACCACGACGGCGAGAAGAAGCGGACGAAACGGUUACGAACACGGGACUUGGAAGAAGCGCCAAACCUUUUUGACUACGAUAUCGACGAGAUCUCGAUCAGCGACAUUGUCAUGAACGAGCUCAUCCUGUUCUUGUAUGUGGAUAACGUCCGGUUUAUCCCUCGUGUUGCGAAUGUAAUGAGCCUGGCCAGAGGAAGGUCAUCUAAGGUUGCUUCAGGCGUAAGAGGAGAACCGAAGUCGAGACAAUAUUCCUUCAUCUCAUUUCCUGUGCACCAGCUCGCCCAACUCGGCUACAUCUUCGAACACGCCACCUGCUAUCACGGCGAACAGUCCCUGACCCGAACGAUCGUCAACCUCACCCAGGACUACGUCGGUGUGACCAACCUGAACCUGUUCAUGCCGAGCGCGGAGGUGAUAUUCGAGCAGGAGAUAGGGGUAGUAUCCAAAGGGGAUGUGGGGGAAUGGGACGUCGGGAUGGGUCUUCAAGCCGCUUGUGCUUGGGACGACCAACAAGAGCUCCCGGCGAAAUGCACCCUGCACUUCCUCGAGAUCACCGUGCGUUUACGUUCAUUUGCUCCCCUCAUUCCUCCACCGACGGCUAAUGACUUCGUAGAUCAUCUCGGCCGAGCAGCUCCCCAGACCGAAGGGUGGCGCCCAUCAUGGAUCCCUACGCCGAAAUUUCCGCCCACAUACCUGAUUGGACCCAAUUGCAACACGAGCACCAGAGCGACGACGCCUAUGCUCACGCCUGCUGCCAUCAGCGAUCGACUGUCGGAGGAAUGCUCAGAGAUCGAACUUUCGACGCUAGAAUCUAAACAACGCCUGCUCGCGGAUGCACACUACCUUAACUUCGAAAUUCUCGGCCCUCGAGAAUGUAACAGUGUUCCCCGCACAGAAUGCCAAGCAAUACAAGAGCGACGGAGUCUCCUCACAUGUGUUCCCUGA